AUGUCUUGCCCGAUGUUGGAAUCAAAACUUUCGGCAUCGGUAGCGGCUAAAGCAUCGAUCAGUGUCACUCCAGCAGUUACUGCUGUUAUUACCACUACCAACAGUGAUACUUCUGCUAAUACUAAUAAUACGAAUAAUUCAAUGACUUAUCCGUACAAGAAGCGUGUUCGAGAUGAGUUUGAAAAAAGGCAACGUGAGAUUGAAGAGGAAGAGAAACGAUUGCAGUUAUUAAUGCAAGCAGAACAACAGUUACAACUACAACAACUACAACAGCAACAGAAGAAGCAAUCACCAAAAAAGCAGCAACAACGACAGAAAUAUAAGCAACAACCAGGAACUUCAGGUAUAGCAUCAGUUGCUGCAGCUACAAUUACUGCAUCUGGAAAUGUUCCAGAUGAAGUGGGGACGAGUGGUAUAAGUCGACCUGAACUUCCAAGUGCCGAAAUGCCACGUCACCAAUUACGUGACGAUGAGUCAGAUGUUGCAGAAGAAGAAGCGGAAGAAACGUCUAGUGAUGACUCUGAAUCUUCAGGUGAAACUAAUUGGUCUGAACUUGAUCAGUCUAUUUUGGAAGCAAAAGCAUGUUGUUGUUUGGCAACGCUUACUGGUGGAAAAGCUAUAGCAUGUGGUCGUCCAGCAUUUGGGAUUUGGUUUAGCAAUAAAUUACGACAAAAGGCACUGAAGAAGAAUCUUCCAUUUGCAUAUAACAAAGGGAGAGGACAUUGGUAUACAUGCUUAUUUCACUAUCGUAUAAUCAUGCAUGAACCAAAAUUAAAACCUAAUGAGAAGUAUGAAGCAAGAGAUCUUACCAAAUACUUGGCAGUAGAAGUUACAGAAGAUGAAUUCCAAGCUUUCAAAAAUGAUCCAUUAACAAGAAGUUACAUGAAAGAUUAUGAACAGUUAAUGGCUACGCGAGAAACGCAAAGAAAAAAGAAGAAGAAAGGACGACCGGGAACAAGUGGUGGCGAUGCUGAAAGCGAUGAUGAAACUCCUAGUAUCGGUGCACUUACUGGAAUUUGGCCAUUCAUGAGCACGAAUUUUCACACUAUGAAGGGAGAUGAGGAAGUGAAUGCAUCACCAUCAGGCGAAGGACCAACAACUUCAGCUCCUCUGCAAGUACCUUUUCAUGCUCUUUCGGCCACUACUUUACGACGUUACAAAAAAUAUUUCAAUCUUCCCCAUCGUUCAAGCACCAAUACAAAACAACAGUUACUGGAAGGUAUACUGGAACAUUUCGAGACAAUUGAUGCUCCCGCUUUUGAAACAAUCGCUCAUUUUUUGCAUAUUGCCAAAACGCACAAAAAUAAGUUGGACUAUCCGACUGCCGAUUCAUAA